AUGCCGCUAAUCUUCCCGGGUGCGACAAGGUCAAGAAUUGUGCUUAUUGAAGGUAAUAUGUUCCAGCGCCUGGCGCUCGUGGACAUUCUGACCCUUUGUCAGUACAAAUGCAUAGCAUUUGAGAAUACUCAGAAAGCCGAGGUUUUUCUUACUGGCGUUGCUGGCUCGCUCCCGUCAUCCUCCUCAGCAAGUAGACGCAGAACUAGGAAAACGAGUCAGUGUGCGGAUUCAGAGCGCCCUCUCCCUGUCUCGACCAAGCAAGGUCCGCCCUCCUGUGGCUUCCCGCAGGUCGCGCAUACUUCAGCCUUUCGUGAGUCGCCGUCCAGACAUAGCGGAGAGUAUCGGGCAUGGCGUCCAGUGGCUCGGGGUGGAGUGGCAGGUGUAUUGGCCUCAGAUGAAUCCGUGCAGGGUAGAAGUAACUCGCCAUCAUAUACCUCGUGCUGCCCAUCCCCAGAGAAGCAUGCGGCGGUGAGCUCGCUGCACCAUCUUCCGCCCGUACCGCCUCUUCACUACACGCACAGAGAGUCAAGUGCCAGUUUGCGGGACAGUACCUGCCUGGAGUCAUCCGUCACGUCAUUCGCCGAGAGCCGUGUGUCCCUUCGCAAUUCGCGCCGCGAACUGCGCGCAAUGACAUACGAAUGCUCCGAUAGCCAGAUAACUCGUGAUCCAAAGCACCUAGAGUCGGGCAACCUCUCUCCAGAUGGAGGGGAUGCGUCGCGCUCAGUGGAUGAAUGUCGUCUCGCCGAAGCCGGCAAUCAAUGCCCGGCUUACGGCAAGACAGAACGAGCACUGUGUGCCCGUUCCUACAAGUCAGUGGCAUUUUCUGCCGUUCCGGGUAAACGCAGCCAGUCCAAGUUCACGCGUAGCGGGACGUUACCGUCAAGUUGGGAGGAGCGUCCUUUGUCGCAGGCCAUAACUCAGACGCAAGCUGUGCAACCCUCAAUGAAAUCCUUGGCGGUACUCGACCUCGGCAUUCAGCAUGCGGCAGCGGGUGUGCGCGGAUGGAAGGCAACGGCCAUGCUCAGGGACACGACGUCAGAGCCCCCUGACGAAGGCACAGGCGGAAAGAGGGGAGCGGGCGAUGGGGACCAUAGCAGCCAGCUGCUCUCUCUCAAAGGCAUUCUGGGGCAAGGCAAGCGAAGUGGGAAAAGUGAUCCGCUGCCUAGCACGGGCAAGGCAUCGGACGGGCGACAGGCGAAUGGAAGAAGCGACGUGAUGCCUCCAUUCCGAACUGGCAUGCGCAGAAGUCAGAGCCCCGUGGAAAACAAUGCCGAGCGCCGCUCCGCCGCUCGGGAACUAGAGCAUGCGGAAGAAGAAGAGGGCCUGCAGAUCCGAUCCGAGCAAGCCGUCGAGCUUGUCUUGUGCGAUAGAAACGCUCCCGGCAUGGAAGACUUCGGUUUUCUUCGCUUCAUUCGCGACAACAUGGAUCCCUGGCUUUCCUCGCUGCCGGUGGUCGUCAUCGGGGCCUCUCUCGACGAAGCGACGCGAAUCACGUGUAUGGCUCUCGGUGCUCGUGCAUGCCUGCCAAAGCCGUUGACGCUUCCUGUGAUCAAGACGUUAUUCACGUUUUUCAACUUCUCGUCGAAGCGUAGUUCACGUAACGGUGGGAAACGCUGUGGCUCAGAUGCUGGGGGGUUGUCAUCACGGGGCACGUCCGCACGGACACGCCUCCCGCGGCGGUAUCAAGAGGUGCACGAGCUGACGGGGAGGCAAGAUGAACCGGAAACGUCGUCUCUAAUCUGUGCGUCCAAUGGCGACACAAGCACUCCAUCCUAUUGCCGUUCUCCUGUCUUUCGCGGACCCUCAUUCUCGAUCGAAGACAAGAAAAGUGCAUGCUGCGACGUCGAAGCUGAAAGGAAGGUGAAACGGAGCCUGGGGACAAGCACAACGGAUGACCGGCGUGCUGACGUUUCAACCACUGAACGUAGAGAUACAACUAAAGAAGUGGGCAGAACGGGAGAAGACUUUUUCUUGGUGACGACAGCGAGUGCUGCCUGGGAGCGGGCGCGUGAUGCACAUGGAUCUUCCCAUUCGUCUCCUGAGUUUAGCGACGGGCGAAGCGUGAGUCCACCGGAAAUGACUGUCGCAAGUCUGCCGGGGUCAGCCGUGGCCUCGCCGUACUCAAGCACUCGGAGAGCGCUCACUCCCGGUCCACCUAAAGGCAAGCCCUCAUCCUUGCGCCCAACGUCGUCUGCCCGGUCGGAUCGAUCUGUCUCUCUCUCAACCGCAGUGCUUCUUUCAUCUUCUGGUCCGCCUUCCUCGCCCCCCUCCUCUUCUUCUGUGCCGGCGUCGUCAUGCGUUUCCGAGCAGCAUCGUCUGCCGUGUCUCGCAACCGCCGCCGACAGAUGCUUGAUGAGAGGAAUCGGCGCUGUGGCAAAGUCGAACGACAGCGAGCGACGACGAGCCUUACCGAAGACCCCUCGAGAAUUUCAGAAUAAGCCUGACGAGGAGAUCGAGAGGCUCGCGAAAAAAGGCAGUAUCUGUGCUGCAUCCGCAUCUCGUUGUGGAUCCUCCGUACAACAGGAGGGCAUGCAACGGGACGGGACAUCGGAAGGCGGAGUCCAUCAUGGAGCCAUGCUGCAGCGCUCGCGCUCAAAUCAGGCAGAGUCACCAAGCUGCCACGUGCCUGAGAAUGCGCCGAGCGUCGUUAUAUCUCUAUCCUCUCUACGGUCGUCGUCUUCAAGAAUACUUCAGUUACCUUUUUGCAGGCAAGCUGACGAUGAGGGCGAAAGCCAUUACGAAGGCAGUUCGGUCCACGAGAAGUCGUCCCUGUCCGGGAGCUACCAGUCGCACUAUGAAAGACGAAUGCAUACCGCUGCUGGCCUGCUACGAUCCGUACAUAUGCCCAUUUCCACGCAGCACACCCGCCGUGGAGAAACAGCGGAAGAGAGGGGGAGACGAGCAACCGGCGGAGACAGGUGGAGCCGGAGCUCAGGCUGUAGCGUAGUGCAAGCAGAGAGAGGCGGGAUACAGGCGAAGCUACCGGGUGAACGAGCCGCGGAUAGUGAGGAGAACCAUAGCGCAUUUUCGCGUACCGGAGAAGACGACGACGAGCUCGCAACCCGGAGUUUGGGACACCACUCAACGGGUCUCAGGGUUCUGCCAUUUGAUACCGCAGAUUCCAGACGAAGUCCGCAAGUCUUCUCUCUGGCAAAUGUGCCUACUGAGCCACGAGUCUACGAGUAUUUAGGCCGGUCAACAACCACGUCUCCGCCGUCGUCUGGUGUUCGCACUCAUCAGCCGUCUGUCAGCUCGUCAUUCGAAAUCGAGAAGAAAAAAUUGUGCGCUGAAUUGUUUCAAGAAAGAGACACCCGGUGGGAAUGUGAACGGAUGCCGCCGCGGACCCACAGUUCAGGCCCUGGAUUCAAUUCUCCGUCUUCCGUGUCUUCGUCUUGCGUACUGGCUUGUCCUUAUUCUGCCUGUUCGCCUCUUUAUGUGCUGCCAGCCGUUGCCCAUGCUUCCGAUGACGGAGUUUCUGAAACAGCGUUUCCUCGCCUUUCCUCAAUCUGCCCCCGGACCGAGCCGCAGGACGAUUGCCAGUCGUCAUUUGCAUCUGAAGCGGCAAGUGUGAAGUCGAAGCCCUGUACUCAGCAGUUAUCGAGCAUUGGGCGAGGCGGCGAAGGACCCGUCAGAACCGCAACCUCAGGCUGCGAGAGCAGCUCCCCGGAGUCAUCGCUUGAUUCGCCGGGCGGGCUUUGCGAAGACAGUCGAACACCCGCAACGUCGUAUCCACUUGUUGGACGGGAGGCCGUUACAGGGGCGCAGCAGUCAGUCUCACCUCGAGAAAAUGCAAGUGGCUCUACACACCGGAAAGCCGGUUCAGUGAUUCAGUCAGGAUCGCAUGCUGCGCCCUCGGCGGCGAAUGUGCCGGCGGCCCGUAUGGAUCUCCGGCGGAUGUUUGCCUCAUGUUCGAAGAAGCCGCCUGUGCUUGUGAGAUGUGCGGAGCACUGCGAGCGUGCGGCACCGCGCGACGACGACCAAGGGGCUCCAGUCAGCAGCCCUGCCAGCGGCGACGCAGAGCACGAGGCGAAAGGCGACACUACCGCAAGUAGAGCGCUCCCGCCAGAGGCACCGGAGCUGGACGAGACUCCACCAGCCGGCGAAGAACUUGAGCAGCAAAGUGGAGACGAGUCGCAGAGCCUCGACGAGUCGUGCUCCGAGGGGGACAGUUCGUCCCUCUCUGAGGAUGAGAGAAAGCGGUUCUCUGUGUACGAGCGUGUGUCCACAAUAGACCGCGGGGCCACGAGCUACGUCCACCUAGUCAAACGCCUUCCCGAUAUGAAGGCGUUUGCCCACAAGGAGAUUCUCCUCGAGUGCAUGGCCCCAUCGGAGCAGGAACUCGCCAAAAAUGAGGUUCGCGUCCUGAAGGCUGUUAGAGAUCCGCCCAUGAUUGCGUACUCAGACAGCUGGAUUGACCCUGGCCACACCUUGAACAUUAUUAUUGAGUAUGCGCGAGGCGGCAGCCUGCAGGCCUACCUGGAGAGAGCCAAGCUUGGAGGAGUUCCUAUACCGACAACACUGGUGCAGAAGUGGACAGCACAGAUUUCGGUUGGCCUGCUAGUUCUUCACGAGAUGCACAUCAUCCACCGGGACUUGAAGACCAGCAACAUCCUCCUCACGGACGAGCUUGACGUUCGCCUUUGCGACUUCGGAAUCAGCCGGAGCCUGUCCUCGGCACAUGAGAUGGCACAUACAGCCGUCGGAACACCGUAUAUCAUGAGUCCAGAGCUCUGUCAGGGCAAGCCGUACAAUGCCGCCAGCGACAUAUGGGCUCUCGGAGUGGUCAUGUUCGAGAUGCUUGAACUGCGGCGGCCCUUCAGCGGCGAUUCCCUUCAUGCGCUGUUCUACGCCAUCCAAUCCGGGGACCUCAGCUUCCGUUCCUCUUACGAUCUGCCAGCGACAAAAACAGAGGUUCUGCCAAGGUCGGACAGCGACCGAGGGACGGGGGCGGCCCAAGACAUCCACGCGCCUCCACCAGCAGGAGGGCUGCAGGACGCUUCAGACGUAGGACGCGAACAGCACGCCAGUUAUAUCUCGGCUCGCCGGUCAGUGCUGGCCUCAGGCGGUGACUCAGGAUCACGUGGGCGCCUGCCACAAGUGAUGGAAAUGAGGAGCGACGAAGGCUCAGAAGGCGACAGGAGGGACGCAACCGAUGGUUGCACUCAGACGGAAGGCGGACACGAGGAAGAUUUGUGGAACGGACAAACCAGCGAGAGGCCGAUCCUCCGAGACGUUGGCGGAGGCGAACAGCGACAGGAGCCGGCGCUGGGCCCGAGGUCUCGCGUGGCGUCCACAGAGAUGUCUCGGGACGUUCGAGCAGAGUUGCAGGCGCUGUGCGCUUCACUCCUGAGGAAAGACCCGGCCGCCCGGCCUUCGUCUCUCGAUGUAUGUACGAGCGCCGUUCUCUGCGACGAAGUCUGCGCCUUUAUCCGUUCUCACCGCCCCAGCGAUGGACCCCGCCUCCUCUGUAUGCUGGCUGACCACCGCGUCGGCAAAGCGCCUCCGAGUUCGUGCAGCUGCAGCCGCAGUACUGCAAGCGACGAGUCGUCCUCUUCCGCACGCGGUAGCUGCGAGGAGCCGGCCAGUCAGCCAGUAGGCGAGGCCACGCCACCUGACCGCAGCGACCUAGGGCUGACGCGCCCUACAUAUCGCCCAGCCAGCGCCGAGACGUGCGCCGGUGAGCUGGGUUCGAGAACCAGCAAAGCGGACAUCGGCGACAGAGCGAACGAAGGACAGCUUAAUCGGAUGGCGCCGGACUUGCUGCUGGAGGGCGCCUCGACCAGCGCGAGUGACAGACCCCGCGAGCUGGGCGACUUCGCGGGAGCGACUCGAGGAUCCGAGAGCGGAAGCGGCGACUUGUCUGAAGCUGAGGAACGACAUUCCGCUCCAUUUUGCGCGUCGGCUUCGAUGCCGAUUUCCGCACCUUCUUCUGCAGCCGUCAGUCCGGAGGACAGCGCGAACGGGGAUGGAGAACGGGAACUCUACGUGGUGGAAGAGGGCGAAGAAGAGGAGGACGACGAGAAUGACGAGGAGAGGGAGGCCGGGAAGAAGACCGAAGGGCGUCUUGUCGAAGAUCUGCAAGGCGACGGCGCUUGCCCCGUCGCCCCGAAACAGCACACCGUGGCCAGAACCAAAGGCGACCGCCCCAGCGACGGCGUCGAGUGUGGAAUUGCAGCGGCCGCUGGUUCUGCGAGAAACGCCUUGCAGCUGACGAAAGAUGGGGAUCCGUGCCCGCAUCAGCGCAGCUCUGUGUGCUUCCUGUCCACAACUCCGCCGUCCUUGACGGCGAAGCAAGAAAACCACAUGAAAGACCGCUGGCGGAGCGGAGAAGGCGCGGCGCGCCUGUCGACUCGUGCGUCGUCGUCUCCUCACCUGGAUGAUGAGAGGCUUCUCAAACCAGCCGCAGACCGGGACGUCAGCCGCGCCCUUUCCAAGGGUGAGAGCACGUCGUCUGGUUCACUGGGUCCUUCCUGCACCUCGUCGUCUUCGUGGGACUUCCAGUCGCCCGCGUCGCUUUCAAUGCCGUCUUCCUUGACUUCGUUUCCGGCGUCGGUGUCGUCUCUGGAGCUCGCUUGCCGUGAGCGUUGUGGGACGUGCGGCCAGGUCUGCCCGUGCAGUGGGAGCAGUGAAUCUUUUCUCUCGGCUCCGUUGUCGCCUGCGCCCUUCUUGCAUGCGCUCUCCGUCUCGUGUCAGGCUCCGUCCUUGUCGCUGGAUCCUGUUCAUGUGCGAAGAGGCAGAAGUUUUUCACCGUGGCUCGUUCCCGGUGCGUCCGACUUGGAGGCGACAGCGAGCCGCGCAGGGGCGGAUAGUCCUUGCGAGCAGGCCCUCCCGCACGAGACUCAACCGGGGCGGCUCGGUGGAGGAGGCGAAACAGGCUCUUUCAGGGAGGUGUCUGACACUCCGGAAGACCCGCAGAGAGCGCCAUGGCAACAGCGUGCGGCCUGCGUUCCAGGUCCCCAGGCACGAGAAGCCGACGGCCCAUCGUCUGGCUGUGGCGACGCCUCCGCGCCUGUGUUCGAGGGCAGCUGCCCAACGGGAGACGGCCGAAACGAAAACGAAGGCGGCGAGGCCGAGCGAGCUCUUGGCAAGCGGCAAGGCCUUGAGCAGUAUAGAGAACGAAACAGCGGCGUCGGAGGCGAUAUCCAGUCCAGCGAUGCGGAAGGUCUAUCACGUGGGUCCGCGGCUACCGGCGAGGUCACUAGGAAGGAAGCACCUGAGGGGGGGUUGGGCGGUUCACUCAUGCAAGGCGGUGGGCACCAACGCUUUGCAGACGCAGCGCAUGCAGGAGCACCAGAGGCAGCGACUAAGACAGAACCGGCUUCAGGGAAUGCGGCGUGCCCCCCUGGCUCGGCGUCGUUCCACAGCGUGCCGGCAGCCCCUGAACAGGCAGCCUCUCUUCCUCUCUUCGCCACCCCGUCGUCGCCGUCAAUUCGCGUGGCGCUCGUCCUCCCCGUCUCACCCUCGCCGGCAGUCUUGGCUGGUUUCUCCUCCCCCUUUCUCCACUCGACUUCGUCGCCGCCGCCGCCGCAGCGCGCGCCAUUCCUGCCCUCGAGGCUUCCUCUCACCUUGGGCUCGCGUCUCUGCUGCACAGACACGCCCAUCCUCACUCCCUUUCCCCUGCUCCCCUGGUCGUCGUCUUCACAUGGCUCUUUGUCUGCGUCUUUUGCGUCGUCUCCCUCAUCGUCUGUCACGCGUUCUUUUCCGACUCCGCCGGCCUCGUCGGUGCCGCUCUCGCGCCUGUCCACGCCGGACGUUUGUCGCACUCCGCCCUCCCCUCUGGCGUCGAUUAGCACGCAGUCGUCUCCAGGCGUGUCGCAGCGAACCGAGAUGCGCAGCGCAGUUUUCGCCGGUUCUUCAGCACUUCCCACGCGACCCAGGGGCUCGCAGGAGCAUGCUGGCGAGGUGAGCAGACCGCCAGACGCCGAGGCGCAGCUUGCAGGGAGCCAGUCACGUGGCGGGCGCGGGCCGCCAAUCGCCAGGAACUCCGCGUUCAGCGCGUCAAGGCUGUCCUUCAUCUCUCUGCAGCUGAGCCGCAAACGGCGAGCGACUAGCGCGCGUGCAUCCGCGGGCUGCCGAGCCCGCGUCGGCUUGCAGUCGACAGCCGGGCGGCUCUCCGCGGGGCGGCGCCUGUGGGAGAGAAAACCGGCAACGGCGUCCCCGGAAUCGCAUGGCAACCGCAUGGAGGACCCAAGCGAAGAAGAACAUGGGGACCAGCCGGGCGCGCGUAGAGCCGAUCGCAGAGGCAGCCGCAACUUGCUGUGGCAGGACUGCCGAUACUCGGAAAAGCUCUCGACGACAGGGAGGAGCCCUGGACACGAAGGACCGGAUGACGGAAAGAGUGCGACAAACGGCUGCACCAGAGGACAGGAACCGAGCGACGAGAGUGGCAGGGCCAGACGCUACGGAGGCCAUGCGUCUGAUAGCGGACAAGCGGAUAAUCCGAUCUUGCCUCUUUCGUGGUCUGCCAGCAACACAGACGAGCGGGCAGGGCCUGGCACAACGCCCUCGCUCCUAUCGCCUGCUGAAACUCGCUGCUCAGACGCGUGGUCGCAGCGCAGAGAGGCCGCCGGUGUUCCAGGCUCAUUUGCUGCGUCGCCGGUCCUCUCCACCUUCGCGACCCGGUCGGCGUGUCCCGUGUCUCCCUUCUUGUCUCCGCCGGCACUACGCCCUUACUCGCUUUCCUCCUCUUUGUCGCUCUUCGAAGCUUCGGCCUCCUUGCCUCGGGGUUCCAAGGCAUCCAGCUCAGCGUCGCGGGCGUUCUCCUCUCUCGCGUUAACCAGGCCACGUCUGCUUUCCUCAGCGUUUCAUCCGCGAAAUGCAUGCGACGGGCGUGCGAAGGAGGCAAUCUCUGAAGAGGUUGAGACGGCCCAGAGCGCAACCCGUGAGACGCCGAAGGCUGCCGAAAAGAGCUGCGAGCCCGCCACGCUACAGCAAGCUUUCCCUUUCCUGCGUUUUGACUCUCAGUUGCCUCACGAGGGUCAGCACUACACGGGAUGCCCGCGAGGCGCAAGCGAGCAGGCGGCGAACACACUAGCCCCCGCAAGCAACGCCCAAGGAAGUCACGCACAUCCACAGGCGCCUGAGUUGUGCUCGACUUCUACCGGCCCCGGAGGAAAGCAGGUGAGGCCAGUGCAGGACGGAGGCGAGAUCUGUGAAGGCUGCUCGUUCGCAGGGGCAGACGAUUGCCGGCGACCGAGGGUGCGUUCGCUGGCUGAUGCGGGUGAGGGGGCGAGCUGGUACUGCGAGUGCCUGCAGAGGGCGCCAGGGCUGCUGAAGCCCUUCAGUACCCAGGCGGAGCUGCAGGCAGGAACAGACGACUUUCGCGGACAGAGCCGAAGUGCGGUUGACGGCGCGGGCUCGCUCACGAGAUGUAGCUCCGCGCCAUUCAGGCACUGGGAUGCCUGUUCGUACCCUUCAUCCAUCCAUGAGCACCGCAGGCCCUUGCCGUGGACAGCUUUGGCCUCCCCGUCUCCGCCUCCGCCUGUAACAUGCAGCCGAUGCCUCCGCGGCGAAGCCAUAUCUGAGGCGCCACUCUCGGCUCGACCGCCUUCAGCGCUUGCGCUUUCAGGUGCGGCCGCGCCACCUCCGUUGCACCCGUCAAAUGCCUUUCCUACUCCUCUCGCGCUGCGGUCGUCCGCCCCUGCUCGCUGUGUGAGGCCAGAGCCGUGGUCCUGUGGGAGCCUCGACGCCCUGCUGCGGGGUCGGCGGAAGGCGAGGGAAAAGCGAGAGCGAGGCGUGGUGGAGUCAAUCGAGAGAAAACAGAAGAGUAGCGAGUUGCAGCGGCAGGGGGCAGGGGGCACUUGUCCGGAGCCGUUGCGGGGUCUGGCGGGCCGCUGCAGGGGCGACGAUCGUGCCGCGCCGGAGUCGCCCUCGAGCCGUGGCGGCGACGCAUGCCGGCUGGGCGAUAGCGGCGUGAUUCCCAGCGGACACCUUCUUCUGCGCGACGCGCAACAGUGCGCUGCAGAUCGACUUCGUAGCGCACGCACGCUGAUCGCUGUAGCCAUUGCACUCCGCAGUGUAUUUCUGCGGGAGUCUGUGCUCCUGCAUCCGGCCUCUCGUGGGGCGGUUUUGGCCCUGCCGCCCCGUCUGGCGUCCGCGGUGCGCCUCUGCAGUGUGCAUCGCAGCGCGAGCACCUGCAGGUCGGAGAGAGGGAGGCCUGCGCCGAGUCCGAGCUGCCGCUCUGCCUCACUCUCACUCCUGCGCGCGUCUCGGCUGGCGUACCGAAAGUACCUGCUGGCCCUCUGUCCACUCAGACAGACGAGGAGGCGAGAGACGUGUGCGGCCUCUGCGGGCUGCCGGCCUGAUUCAGGACGCGCCGAGACGUGUGCCGCAGCGCGGCAGAGGCAGCCGACGGGGAACUGGAGCAGAAUGAAGCGGCAUUUGGCCAGAGUCGGUGCGUAUGUGUUCGUUGCACUUCUGCUCUUCUCCCCUGUCCUCACCUCGCUUCAACGCUGCCGGUCCUUUGGCGACGAUUUGGAGGUCGCGUGUUCGUCUCCGGCGUGCCCGGGUUUGUCGUCUUUCCUCCACCCUUCGCGUCCUCAACGGCGUCGUCACUUACUGCCUUUUACGGCGCGGUCGCUGUCGUCUGCCACGCGGUCUGUGGCAUCUGGUUUCCUGCCGGCUGUCACAGAUCCCGCGUGCUCGGCGUUUUCGCUGCACUCCCGGUCAACUGCUGUGUCGCCUGUCUCUCAUCGCUCGCCCGCGGAGACAUGUGGGGGAACUGGGACCGGGGGGUGCGCGUCGGCGCCUUCACAGGCCUGCUUAUGGCCUCAGGUUGCUCGAUGUAGAGCUUCCAGCAACACCCGCACGCAUUCUGCUCUCACGCCGUCCUCUCAGCGUCGUGGCUCAGGCCAGACGCGGGUGCGGGAGGACAGUGGAGGGCUGCCGGUUGACUCGCAGCUUUCGGGUCAGGACGAAAGGGGACGAAGGUGGGGAGACUGGGAGUUGCAAGGCGGCAAGCACGAAGAGACGGUGAACAGUUUCAUGACCCUCGGAGGCACAGGGCUCGUUACGAGCUUGGUGGCGUGCCUUCUGGUUCUGUCGUAUGGCGUAAAGGCACUGGCGGAAAGUCUUAGCGCUCGAGGCGAUGACGCAGAAUACUUGGCGGGAGGCAAAACAAACGCAGCCAGUCGAGACAUGAGACAGCGAACUUGCUGUUCAGACCACAGCUGCCGAGCCAGGCUUCCGGCGCAGGGCGAAGCGGCUCAGGGUGGUGUCGAGGCGCCUCUGGUUCUCGACUGCAUUCAAGCCUUUCUCAGCGCUAGUCGGCCGGCCGCAGUGGAUGUCUUGAUGGGUCUUCUGGAGGCACGGGUCUGCGCGGUGUCGCCUUGGCAGGAUUCUGCAGAAGAUACGUCGCCUCGGCCUCUCCCGGCUCUGCAUCCGUCACUGUGUAGCGGUCGCCGGGAUCUAUCUGUUGCGCGUUUGUCGUCCUCGAUCUCGCCUCUUGGUGGAUUACGUCGGGCUGUUGACCCUGCUGACUCCCCAGAGUCGUCUGAGAUUGCUCUCUCGGCGGUGGCUCCUGGCCGCCUUGGUCCAUCCUUAGAUGCCUACGGGACUUUCAUUUCCUUCUCUUGGGAUGCCGCCACUGAACCGUUGAAUCUGCGUCGCGUAGCGCUCUCACGGCUCUGCAGGGCGUACGAGAGCUGGCAAAACACGCAGCGUGCUUAUGUCCUUUCUUUGGCUUUUCGCGCCACUUCCCCGAGUGGAGAAAAGGGUCUUCUCCGGUCGACUGUCGCGAGUCCCAGCGAAGCGUGGAGGCCCUCUGAAGGUGAGAAGAAGGAGCCGAUCAGUGGGUGUCUAGUAACCGGAGCCGAGAUGCUGGACCGCGAAACGGCGCUCGGGAGAGAGGAAGACCGAGACUGGGAGCAGGCACCAGUCAGCGCGGAGGACGACAGCGAACCCCCGGAUGUCGCAGGGAACUCAGCCGAGGAUAUGCGCAUGGAGGAUGAAUCGCGCGUGUGUUUGGAAGGCAGUUCUCGAGCGCAUCCAGUGGAGCUGUCGGCACUCCUCCUCGAGGCGUACCUCGCUCUGUUUCCCUCCUCUUCGUCUGGGGCGUCGUCGGCUGAUUGCGCGACCGCCGGGUUCUUUGCUUCCGAGUCUGGAGACCGUCUCGCAAGUCGCGACCGACGUGGUCGUUCAUCUCUGUCCUCUCCAACAAGCAGUUCUCCUUCCAGACCUGUGUGCUGUUGCUCGUCUUGUUUGAGUGUCUCUUGUGCCAACGACGCCGGCGCAUGCCUGCUGCAGCGCACGGACCAGAGGAGGAGAACGGGGGCUAUGCAGAGCCCAGUGGAAAAAACGUGCCGCCCAGACGCGGAGUCGUCGCAGUUCGCGCUUUGGUGUUGUCCUCCAGAGAUGCUCGGAAUUGACUUAAGAGCCAUCCGAGCGAGCGACGCUUUUCGGCGGUUCGAGGAGGACCUAGCCGCGUUAGCGUCCCUGUCUGUGCUGGAGCUUCUACGCCUCUCGUCCGAAGAACGCAAGGCAUUUUUCCUCAACAUUGCUCAGCUGCUGCGGCGCCACGUUGCGCUCCUGUCGCUCGAGGCCCCGUUUGCUACCUCUCAGCCUUGUUUGGUUUCUAAACAUGUAGUCUCUGCCGGCGUCGCGGGAAUUUCGAUGUUUCGUCUUGGUGUCCAACUUGCCGUCGCCUCCGUCGGCAUGGGCGUUCAGAGCGCUGGUAUUCGCCUGCCGCUGGGAAAUGUGAGAAGUAGGAGCAAACGCGACACCGAAGGAACGGCUGCAGCUGACGAGGCAGAGAGGAGCGCCAAGAGACCGUUGCGAGGAGGUUUCAUGUGUUUGGCGCACUCGCGAGAUGGUGCAAAUUGCCCUGCGUGCGCGGCGAAUCGUCAGCAGACCCUGAAGGUCUCGAACAGUGCAAGUCAGCAAGGAUCGAGAGACAUGGACGCACUCGCCUUAUUGCACGGCAGGCUGCGAAGGCCUCCAGCAAAGGCGUCGAUGCCCCCUGUGCAUGAUUGGGCUCACUCCAGGCUGUCUGACUGCGCACAUGGCUGUGUGAAACCCCCGCGCGUUGCGGAUGAGGGGGAACAGAGAGAAGGGUACUGCGACCGGGCGCGGGACCGACGGCGCGAACCUCGUCGUCAGUGCUAUUGUGUGGCAGGGCAAGAGCUGUCUCUCCCCCUCAUCCGCGAGCGUAUUUUUCUCCUUUCGUCAUCUGCAACAGAACGUCGCCGCAGCCUGAUCGCACAGGAGAGUUGUCCUCAUCACCUUCGACCACCAACGUCUCCGGCGCCCGAGGCUCCCUCCUCAUUCUCAUUGUCGUCUCAUCUGGCUAGUGUGUCCAGCUGCUCAACGAUAAGGCAGCGAGACGAUGUAACAGCGACGAGAGAGACACUGAGCACUGUGGGAGAACGAGGCGCCCACCCAGAAGACAGGGACGCGGGGGAGCACGAAGCUGAAGGCGGAGGGAAGACGAACAGGGCGUACGGAGUAGAGACUGAAAAUAUUACGGAAGGCGAGAGAGAAACCGGGAUGGAAAGAAGUCAGAAAGGAGAGAGAAAGGCAGCAAUAGGCCUGGCGACCGGCAAUACAGAGACGGACGCGCCAGAAAUCUAUAGAAGACCGUGGUCGCAGAACAUUUGGCGCGAACUCGCACAAAGGGUAGUCGAUGCUCGAGUUGCGUGUCUCCUCCACGAGUUCGCCCCCUUUUCCUCACUGACGAUUUUUCAUCCGGGCUCGUGUGAUACGCAGCUGUCGAGAUUAACGGCAAGCAUGAUCGGGGAGACCGUUCGUCUCACCUCGUCGUCUGUGACGCUGCCUUCGUAUUUCGCGUGGAGCCCCAGCUUUUCGUCUUCUCUUCCCAUCUUGGCAUCUGCACCUGUUGUGCCGUUGCCUCCGCCUCUGGCGUGUCGUCGGCACGGCCUGGAGCACUCUUCCGCUUGCUCGUCGCUCCUCAGUCCGAGCAGUCUUCAGGGCAUGCCUGGGUGCAUUUCUUCUCCCGUCAUUGCAUCGGCUCAGCCUCAAGCUCAGCCAGCGUCUUCUUCUCGCUUCGGCACUGAGCGCCGCCUCUCCGCUUCGUCGAUGUCCGCCUAUUCGUCUCUCUCGUCUCGCUCACCUUGCCCUUCUUCCCAGGGCUCCUGUCCUUCAUCAUCCUUGUCGUCUUCUCGCUGUUCGUCGCCGGCAGCAUCACGACCUCGUUUUCCUUCGUGCCGCGUGGCUAUAAGCGAAGCAGGUCGAGGGUCCUGCUUGUUUCGGCGUCGAGAGCGAAAGCCACACAUGUGGAGCGACCAGGCGAAUGCGGGCGAAGACCUUCAGUCGAAGGUGGCGCGGACAGCGUUGAGGUUUCCAGAUGAUGAGACGUGCGAGCGAGUGGUAUCAGUGACAAGCCACCCGAGGUCUGUUGAGUUGGAGGACACGUGGCGGUCUAAUUUGUGCAGGCAGCCAGGAGGGAGAGAAUGCGCAAAUUGUGCGCGGUGUAUCCCGCUGACUGGCAACCAGGAAGCGGUGCUACUGAAGGGGGGGCGAAAAUGCAACCCUGCCUGCUGUGUGGCCUCUGCAGCUUCGUGCACGGGCAAAGGCAGAGAACCGCAUGCGCGAGGAACGAGCGACAACGGUGUAUUCUUCGAAUUCCUCAUGGGGCUAUACGGGCCUGCCGCCUAUCAGCUGAGUGGACUCACUUCUGACUCAGAGAGAAGAGGGCGUGGACGGCACGCCGAAGGGAGCGUCGUCUUGGGAGGCAAACAGAGGGGAAAAGCGUGCAUGGAAGAGGCAGACCGUCAAAGCGCCUUGCGGAGGAAAGCGAGGAAAGCGCGCGAAGGGGCGAAAAAUGCAAGGGAGCUUGCCCUGCUCGGCUGGAUUCUUCGACAUUCCGGUUCGUCGUUCGACUCGUCAGUUGCAAAGGAGGCAGUGGAGAACGCGCUCUUGGGAGAGUUCGAGUGGAGGUUCUACGAAGAAAACGCACUUUUAGAGUAA